AUGGGAAUUGCGGGAACGAUACCUCCACAACUGGGAAAUCUUUCUUUUCUCGUCAGGUUGAAUGUUAGGAAUAACAGCUUUCAUGGACAUCUUCCAACCGAGCUAUCUCGUCUGCGCCGAUUGAAGUACAUCAACCUUGCAAGCAAUGACUUUGAAGGGGAAUUUCCAUCAUGGUUGGGAUGUUUAAGUGCAGUCUGGUACAUCAACUUCGAAUACAACAGAUUUUCAGGUGAAAUUCCAAAAGUCAUUGACAAUCUCUAUAAUUUGGAGAAACUAGGCAUGGAGCGUGCUAAUGUGACAGGUAUAAUACCUCAAGAGGUUGGUAAUCUUAGCAAGUUGGAAGUACUAUUGUUGCAUUCGAACAGGUUGAGAGGUCCCAUCCCGCUGAAACUUUUCAAUAGUUCAACUGUACGACUUAUUGCUCUCACGGAGAAUGAUUUAUCAGGCGAGCUUCCAUCAACUAUAGGUGCUUUCUUACCCAAUCUUGAGGGACUCUACCUUGGGGGAAAUGAAUUCACUGGAACUAUACUAACAUCCAUCUCAAAUGCUUCCAGGCUCAGAAUGCUGGACCUUGGCGGUAACCAUUUUACUGGUGCAAUUCCUCAUUCUCUUGGAAACUUGAGAUUAUUGGACCACUUGAGUAUAUAUCGAAAUGAUUUUUCUGAGGACUCGCUAUCCAAAGAGUUGAGCUUCAUCAUAUCUCUGUCAAACUGCAAACAUUUAAGAAGCUUGUGGAUAAAUGAGAAUCCUCUGAAUGACUUCCUCCCAAAGUCUAUUGGAAAUCUUUCUAGCUCACUCGAAUUCAUUGAUGCACUCGUUGUGGAAUCAGAAGUGAAAUUCCAAGUUCGAUUGAUACAAGGAGCUAUUCCAAGUGAACUUUGUUAUUUGCUGAACUUAGAAGGAUUAUAUCUGGCAAAAAAUAAGCUUUCUGGUGUGGUGCCUUCUUGUUUAGGAAAUGUUACAACACUCAGAUGUGUUUAUCUCAAUUCUAACAAUUUCAGUUCUAUGAUACCAACAAGCUUUUGGAGCCUUAGAGAUAUUUUGAAGCUGGACAUGUCAGGAAAUUAUUUGACAGGUUCUUUGCCUGCUGAAAUUGGAAACUUGAAGGCAUUACUCUAUUUGAACCUUUCAAAUAAUCAAUACUUGGGUAGGAUACCUAGCACUAUUGGAGGACUACAGGAUUUGCAAGAACUCUCCUUGGAACAUAACAAGCUACAAGGAUUGAUACCAGAUUCCAUGAAGAAUAUGUUGCAGUUACGACAUUUGGAUCUAUCUUUUAACAAUCUGGAAGGUGAAAUUCCCAACUUAUUACAGGUACUAUCAGAUCUCCAAUACUUUAAUGUGUCUUACAAUAGAUUGAGAGGACCGAUUCCUCACGGAGGGCCAUUCACAAAUUUCACGAACCUAUCUUUUCUCUCAAAUGAAGCAUUGUGUGGCGCUCCUUGGCGCCAACCUUGUACAAGUACAUUUCAACAUGAAUCAAGGACAAAAAGGAUAUUCAUGAUUGUUCUGUUGGCAUCAGGUUCUGUCAUAUUAGCCUUGGUGAUUUCAAUUUUUUUGAUGCGGUCAAAGUUGGGAAAGAAAACUCUAGCUCCGACUCAGAACUUGCUUCCCAUGGCGACAUUUGAAAGGGCAUCCUUCCAUAAACUUAGACAAAUAACAAAUGGAUUCAGCGAGAGUAACUUACUUGGCUCGGGGAGCUUUGGUUCAGUUUACAAGGGAAUUCGUGAAAAUGGGAUGGUUUGGGCCAUAAAGGUAUUUGAUUUGCAGCUAGAAUGUGCAUUUAAAAGCUUUGACAGAGAAUGUGAAGUCUUGAGCUGCCUUCGUCAUCGAGAUUUAACUAAAGUAAUUAGUGCUUGCUCUAGCCCUGACUUUAAGGCUUUGGUGAUUGAAUAUAUGCCCAAUGGAUGCCUUGAGAAAUGGCUUUAUUCAAACCAUCAUUUUUUAAACAUGAAGCAACGAUUGGAUGUUAUGAUAGAUGUGGCUUGUGGUUUGGAAUAUCUCCAUUAUGGCUAUUCAACUCCUAUAGUUCACCGUGAUUUGAAGCCUAGCAAUAUUCUACUGGAUCAGGACAUGGUUGGGCAUGUUUGUGAUUUUGGAAUUGCAAAGUUGUUGGGAGAUGGAGAAUCUGUGGUACAAACAAAGACUCUUGCUACAUUUGGAUAUAUUGCCCCAAAGUAUGGACUGGAAGGAUUGGUUUCAACAAGUUGUGAUGUCUACAGCUUUGGAAUUAAAUUGAUGGAGACAUUUACAAAAAGAAAGCCUAAGGAUGAGAUGUUCACAGAAGCAUUAAGCCUCAGGCAUUGA